AUGAUUGACCGGUGGCCCACGAUGUGUCACCAGGUGGCGAUCGAGUCUGGUAGCUUGGCUGCUGUGAACUUUCUGCUCUCGAAGCGAGCUGAUGUGACUUCACGGGCCAGUACAGGCCACUCGGCCUUCCAUGUAGCUUUGUCCCUUGGGGAUGCAGACACCCUGGGGGCCUUGGAGACCAGCUUGACAACAGCAAGCUUGCCGGAUGGUGCGCUCUUCGCGGGCAGCUGCGAGGCUGGACAUGAUCUUGAGCACUACACGGCAAAGACCGCCUCGCGAAAUGAGUCCAGCAGCCUCGCUGUGAAUGUCCGUUUGGGGCUCUGGACCCGAGCCCGAGGAUCGCAGUUUUAUCUUCGGCUCCGGCACGGGCAACUUGUUGCGACCUUCAUGACAGGUGAAGAAGCCUGGUGCUGUGACUCCAAGGUGGAGAUUGGCAGCCAGGUGGAGCUCCGAUGGAGCAGUUGGGACAAGGCUCAGGAACGCUGGGCUCAAGGUAUGGCAGGCCCUCUGCGCAUGGUUCUGCAGGUUCUGUCGAAAGACUCGCUGCUCAUCAUGGGUGAGGAGCCGGCUUACUUCUCCCACUGGAACUCAGCAGGCUACGAGGGUCAGGUGCUCUUCGAUGGAGUGAGUGUCCUCUUCGAUGGACAAGGAGACCAGACGAGGAAAGGGGAUAUGGACUACGUGAACGUCUUCGGUCGCGAGGCUUGCAUGGAUGGUCAGCAUUAUUACGAGUUCAAGAUCCGAAAGGUUGUUUGCAACUUGGCCAUGGGCCUCACUCUGCCCGAAGCGUUGCAUUUCAAGGAGGGCGAUAUCACUAUGAGGUGUCAGAGCUGGAGCGUCCGAUUUAAGCCGCAGUACAACAGGAACGAGCUUGUGCUCGGUCGGAAGGUUAUCAAAAUCAAGAAGCCACUUGAGCCUCACUCAAACACUGUCGGCAUGCUUGUUGAUAUGACAAAGCGUGCCGUUCUGUUUCUGCUGAACGGCGAGAUCUUGUGUGAUCCAUGUCGCGACCUGCCAGAAACGCUCUACCUCAUGGCCACCUUGGAUACAGAGGGUGAUCACUUUGAAGUGUCACAGCCCAGCCCUCCAAAGAAGGCUGUUGAAAGCUUGCAGAAGAUAAGCGCAUGCGGUGAGGUCUCAUCCUGGAUGUGUGAUGAUUGCCUGUGCACCUAUUCACGGAUCCAGAACACCCCGCAAGUCCAUCGCUGGGCAUGCCGGAGAUGUGGGGCCACUCUUUGUGAGGGCUGUCGCAUGGGAAUCGGCAACCUGCCAAGCGGCUACUGCGGUUUGAGCGUGAGUGCAUGGCGGGAUUCGGGCGUGCUAGCCAUCGACGAUGAUGCAGCGUCGUUGCAUGGGUUCAGGAUGAUGCUGACAAAGCAGAUGUGCUGGAGCAGAGGUCAGCUCAUCGACAGCUUGUUUUUGGCCUGUCUUGCCAACCAUGGCCAUCACGCACUGCAGCUGCUGAUGAAGAUGCGUGAGAACAUGCAAGCGGAUGUGCCCAUCACCUUCGUCGGUCGCUUCAAUUUGCCAAGCCUCCUGAUUAAGCCUUCGAUAGAGAAAAUUGCCAAGAUGGCCUUGUCGAUCGGGAUCUUUGCUGCGCGGCCAUUGGCGGUGGAUGCAGCUUUGGUUUUCCUGAAAUCCUUGAAGUCCUUGGAGUCAGAAGAAGGGCUGGAAAGGAGUAAGUCGUCAGCUUCGGGAUUCUCGGUUGCGCCUGCCUAUGACUCGGCCGACGACGACAUGGCACAAUCUGGUCGGGACGCUCGGCAUGUAGCACCCUGGUUUCAGAAUCUGAACUUACCAACGUUGCUUUGCGCCUUGCGUAGCUACUGUGCGACGGGCCGACAACUUCCGCGCCAUGCGCAUGCUCUGUAUCCAAUCUGUGCAGCAGAGAAUGGCUGUAGUACCUGCCCGCGCGAGCUGGCUGAGUAUGCUUGUGCCUUGGCUGCCUUUGGAAGGCUUUUUGGCUUUUGCUGA